GGGGUGCAUUAUAAUGUAGGUAUAAAAAAGUAGGGCAGGAGAUAUUAAAAGGCAAAACCGAAGAGCUGCAGUGGUGGUGUUUGCUGGAAAAGACCAAAUCUUUACUGCAAUGUCUCUUGCCUCAUGUUUGGACUGCACGUGUUAUGCAAGAGUCUGUAUAAGGUGGAUGUGAGCAGGCAUACAUUCAUUUGGACAUUUCCUGUAAGUAACUUGUUCACAAUGUUCCUGUCAAAACAGACUGAAGUCAGCCACAAAGACAAAAUGACAGUUAUGCUGCAUGGUAGAGGUCUAAACUGGGCCCAGCUAGGGUCAUGGCUCGCUAUGGAGCCAUGCCUUGGAAUGAUUUGCAAGUACACUCAACAUGCAUGGCUGCCACUAGUCUACUGGACGACAUGUGCCAUCUUACAGCCCAGUCCCUUAUAUCACUGGAAACCUCAGACCACUUCCAAGUUGUCAAGUUAUUAGGAGAGGGGUCCUAUGGGAAGGUCAUGCUGGCUGUGCACAGGAAAAGAGGUACUCCAAUGGCUCUGAAGUUCUUUCCACGUGGUUCCACUAAGCUCUUGUCCUUCUUGCGAGAGUACCAUCUCUCCCUCUCCUUCUGCACUCAUCCGUCUCUGACCAAGGCCCUUGGAAUUGUCUUCUCUACCCCCACACAUUACGUUUUCGCCCAGCAAGCCAGCCUCUUUGGCGAUCUAUAUGACGUCAUUGUGCCCGAGGUGGGCUUGGAGGAGGUCUGCGUCCAGAGGGUGGUGUCUCAACUGAGUGGUGCCCUCACCCACCUCCAUUCUCUCGGAUUCGUCCACCGCGACGUCAAGCCAGAGAACAUUUUCCUGGUAGACGCUGCCUGCGGCUGGGUCAAACUGGGGGACUUUGGCAUGGCGAAGGCUGUCGGGACUAAGGUUCCAGGUGUGUGGUACAGCUCCGCCUACUGUACACCUGAGGCAGAGAUAGCCAAAGAUUCAGAAGAUAGUAGCCACAAUACUGUUCCAAAGACUAAGGGAGGAAACGUUUUGGACAACAAGACCCAGCGGGUGUGGAUGUCGGUAGAGGCCAGUACAGACUGCUGGGCUUUAGGAAUCCUCAUCUACGCCAUGCUGACUGGCAGUUUGCCCUGGACGGAAACAGCGUCCGAUGACCGUUCGUACAUCAAGUACAAAGAGUGGUUCAACCGCGAGAAACGUCCGGAAGAGGAAGUGGACAUUUGGGAGGAAAGACGAGACCAGAGCAAUUCACACGCAGUCGCCCCCCAGUUUGCCUGUUUCACUCCCCUGGCCUGCUCCCUUUUCAAGGCACUUCUCCACCCAGUGCCCGGUCUCCGCAGUCGGCCUGACGAUGUUCUAGGCUACCUUGGAGGAGACUGGCUGCAGGAGAAAGAGAAGAUAAGGUUAGAGGAGGAAAGGAAGAAAGUGAGAGGGGGAGAGGUCUUUAGGAGCAAGAAAGAAAAUGAGGGCAGAGGGGAGAGAUGAGGGCAAAGCGAAUCAAGAUCAUGAACUCAAACUCUUAGAGGUUAAAGAGACGUUCAUAUUUUUUUACCUCAGAUUAGCAAUGCAUAUCUUUGAAUUGUCAUUGGCGCUGAAAUGUCCUUUCUCAUUCAUAAUGCGAUAUGUCGUUUUCUCACCUAUUAGUUACGUUUGCUUAGUUUGAAUCAAAGCGAAUUUGAUGUGUUUGUUUCCAUUCCUAUUUAGCUUUCACACUGCAAAUAUUCUAGUGGACCACAUUUUGUACACAAAAGCCAUGUGGUCAAAAAUAUCUUUCACUCAGUGGCCAGAUAUUUGGAGCAAAAAUAGACUUUUAAUCUCCUGGACAGUAAAAAUCCCCUUGACAGUAAAUUUUUUUUAUUUUUGUGCUAAACCCUGGUGUAUGUAUAUUGUUGAUCCUCAGCCAGUUUGAUUGUAGGCCACCUAGUACUAAUACUUUUAUCAUGAUCGUCAUACUUUGACAUGGUACAGAUCUACAGGUCACUGAAAUGCCCUCUCCCUCAAUUUUUUGGGGGCACUUUCUCAAACAUUUCAGAGAUGUUGUCUCACUUCACUGCUAUUCCAUAUCUUGAUUAUGCAAGCUAGCAAGAAAGAAGUUAUUUUUCGUACUGAAACGAAUAGCAACUAGGUAUAUUUGAAAGCAGCCCGAGACCAUCUCGUUCAAGUGGACCAGGUAGUAGUUAUUUGGUGCACACCCGGGUGCGAUUUGUGCAUGUUCAUCUCCCCAAACGAACCUACGGGGAGAAAACACUCCAGAGUUUCAUUAAACCGGACUAAACAAACUAAGCAUUAGCACUACAUUAGCACUUAUUAGCUGCUAAAUAGCCACCAAGUCAUUUUGGAUAGGCUCGCUAUUGCACUUGGCAGUUAUACUUGCUAGCACUUUGUUGGUAUAUCUAAAUGGUGUUUAUAUGUACAUAUCGUAUAUAUGUCCCAAAAUAAAAAAUUUCAAACCCAUUG